CUUCUGCAGCGCUCAUCUUUCCAUGCAUCGAUGCACCCAUGUCCAUCCAUGCAACCCCAUUCUUCUUCUCGCCUCGAGGGGCCCUGCGUGGGCCGUGCUGAAGAGAGCGCGGUACACUAGCAAGGCACGCCGGACACACCUUGAAAAGUGGUAAGCACUUGUUCAGGGGUUCAUGUCUUGCAACUGCCUGCAUCUAUCUCAGCAUCUCGUGCUUCUUCUUUUUUGAGUAGAGGUACAGAGUAUUCAUUCCUCAAUGUCUUUCAUUGUUCCACCUACCGAGUACUGCACACUGGCCACGCGGUGGUCCUCGUGGUUCGGGUGGGCCGUGUGUUCUGGAAUUCCUCUUCUUUUGCUGCGCAGUAUCAUCGGUGCAUUUCGCCAAUGUCCAAUACCAGCAGAUCCGAUGGAGUGGCCAAGCCCGUCAAGGUCGGGUCCGCAAUCCGUAACGGUUGAUCGCAACUAAAACCUCCAGUUUGUCAUCAAAAAGGACUCCAUCAGUCGCCAGCUUUGGCGCCAUCGCCACGGAUUUCAGCUCGCUUCCUUGCCUCUUAUCAAGGCCUGCUCUGUCAACACCGGCCGUAACAACCGGAAGCGGAGGCAGGGCCCGCUCCGGCGCAACAACUGGGCAGCAUGCUCAACCCUUAAAUUCUAGGUAUCCGUAUGCCUUUACACUACAGCCAACUUUGACGGUACCGAACUGAUGGUUUUUCACGCUGCCCUUCAAGAAGUCUUACUCAAAGACACCAGAACACGAAGACCGAGCGCUUGCGCCUAUGCGCGUGUCCUGUAUCUCGGCAAUGCACUUUUUCCUACCAAGAACGGCGGAAACCCCCUUUUAUUGCGCCCCAGGCUGCAGCUGCCUCUCCGCGCUAGCUCCGAAGCUGGACAAUGAGUUGAAUUGAAGAUGUGGGCGGGUCCUUUGACUUCACAUGCACCAAUGAAGGACCGCGGGCAGAUGCAGGUCGACGGCUCGGGCUCACUUCGACUCCAGAUUUACCACAUUUUCCCCGAGCCACUCACCUUGUAAGAGGCCCCUGUGGCCUGCUAGCCUUUCAAACUGCCACAAAAUGCCACGCGAACCGCCCCGAGCGUUUGGGCCUGAUCUGUGCGCUUCAAGUGUCAGAUGUUCGUCAUUGUUUUUGGUCUUUGGGCUCACCAAGCUGUCGAUAGGCUCACUGACUGGGAACUGCCAGAUAGAUGCCUACGGUACAUUCUCUCCGGUGGCGGAUGGACGUGACCAUCUCCAGCGUGCGCAGCAUCUUGUGGAGUUGACCUGUGUAGCUUCAAAACUUCGUUUCUUUUUCCGUCUUUCGCAAUCAUCCAUGAGAUGAGGGGCAAGCGAGAAUGGACUUCACCAGGGCUUGGGUGGACACUUUCACUAAAAGUUCCUACCUAGCCCUACUGGUUGACUGACAAGAAGGGCACAGAUCAGCCCUCAGUGAGACGGGAAUGGAGUUCGUCAUGAUGAUUUCGUGUUCAAUGACACACGCAAAGGAAGCUUUUGACGACAUCCAAAGCCACGGUGUUCCUGGAAACAUCUACAGAGCACCAAUCAGAGCCACAUGGCAGCAACGCCAACAUAUACCGAUUAAUAUAUUCUGCAGCUACGCCGAUUCCGCAGUGUGGGCAUGCGGCGUCAUUUUUGUUUUUUGAUAGUGCGUUUCGGGCGACUGCAUGGCCGCAGACAUUCUCACCGGUCUUUGGCUCACUGAACAGUUUAGGAGCAGCGGGAGGGUGGUCUCGGAGGGGUGCAGGGACCCGAGCCAUCAAGCUGACCUCGGCGAAUCUACAAUCUAUUUGUGGUGAUCUGUAUACAGCAUAGCAUCAAAGACAUGUGGUGUCUGGCAAUGAGGCCGAGUCACUGUUACACAGCCUGCUCGAGACAAAAGACACCAACUACCUCGGCCAUAAUUUGCUCAAUAGCUGUCUGCUGGGUAGGAAGGGCCCCCAAUCCGACAUCAUCAUUAUUAUUCCAAACGUGAAGAAGUGAGCAUUAUACAAAUCACGGCACGGCACAUCCCCGGUGGUACGGCCCACGGGGCCCGCAAGCUCUGUGCCUCGGAUUGUCACCAUCCACUUACGGCAGCUCGUGCGCAGUUGAAGUGGUGAGUGAUCGCGCCGUUCCAUGAGCUGCAAACAUCAUCUGCUGAUCUUCAACGCGAUGGUGCCAAUGAUCGGGCGUUCAGACAUUCCUCAGCCCUCAUUAGCGUCCUGCCUUUUUGACCCCUCGGGCCCUCGCUGGGCAAAGGUCCGAGCUGUCGCCGGAGCGGGGCCGUCCAGUCCGGCAGGUAGAGGUCUCCUCUGAGCGGCUCAAUCCCGGCCAUCGCUUUCGCUCUCCGGCUCAACGCCGUGCGUCGCACAGUUGUUGUCCAAGUACACCCAACUUACUUAAAUAACAAUGAAUCUUCCAGACAGACCACAACAUCUCCUUCUCCGCUUUGCUCUAGUGCAGGAGUCUGUCUAUGGCAAGUUGAUUUUGUUGCUAGUGACCCCUCCUCAUUACCCCUCUGCCUCAAAAGCAUUGCCUGUUUUUGAUCGCGAUAAGAUAGUGCGACGACAGCCACGGAUAGCUACGGAUGAAAGGUUGGCAGAUUUCAGACGUCAGAAUGAGUAUUUUCUAGGGUUAUGUGUGAGUUUUUACUUCCAACCCUCAAGAUUGGCUCUCCACACCGCGAAGUUUGGACCCUGUAAUUCGCUCAUACCUCCCUGAAGAAAAAUCUCUGCACCCGCUCGCUACAAUCGGUUUGCCGUAUCGUUGUUGAUAAACCCCACCUCCACCAUAACUUUUUGCCUGCCCCUCCUUCAAGUUGGCUUCACUUCGAGUUUGUGCAAGGCGUCUUCUAUCCAGGCCACUUCAUACCUUCCAGACCACUCGUAACCUCCACCAAUCUCUCAAAAUGGGUGACAUCACACACUCUACCAUCAAGGAUGGCUGGUUCCGCGAGAUCUCCAACAUGUGGCCUGGCCAGGCCAUGACUCUCAAGGUCGAGAAGGUCCUCCACCACGAGAAGUCCAAGUACCAGGAUGUCUUGAUCUUCAAGUCUACUGACUACGGCAACGUCCUCGUCCUGGACAAUGUCAUCCAGGCCACCGAGCGUGAUGAGUUUGCCUACCAGGAGAUGAUCACCAACCUUGCCAUGAUGUCCCACCCUGAGCCCAAGAAGGUCCUCGUCAUUGGCGGUGGUGAUGGCGGUGUCCUCCGUGAGGUCGUCAAGCACGACUGUGUUGAGGAGGCUAUCCUCUGCGACAUCGACGAGGCCGUCAUCCGCCUCUCCAAGCAGUACCUCCCCCACAUGUCCGCUGGCUUCAACCACCCCAAGGUCAAGGUCCACGUCGGCGACGGCUUCAAGUUCCUUGAUGACUACAAGAACACCUUCGACGUCAUCAUCACCGACUCCUCCGACCCCGAGGGUCCCGCCGAGUCUCUCUUCCAGAAGCCCUACUUCAAGCUUCUCCACGACGCCCUCCGUGAGGGCGGUGUCAUUACCACUCAAGGUUCUGAGAACCAAUGGCUCCACCUUCCCCUGAUCACCAAGCUCAAGCAGGACUGCAAGGAGAUCUUCCCCGUGGCCGAGUACGCCUACACCACCAUCCCCACCUACCCCUCGGGCCAGAUCGGCUUCAUGGUCUGCACCAAGGACGCCAACCGCAACGUCAAGGUUCCCCUCCGCUCCUGGACCAAGGAGGAGGAGGAGAAGCACUGCCGCUACUACAACUCCGAGAUCCACAAGGCCAGCUUCGUCCUUCCUACCUUUGCCGCCAAGGCUCUCCAAUAGGCGAUUUAAGAAGGGUGACUGGUUUAAAGACUAGAGGCUCCGGUAUAUUCCAAACAUUUACUAGGAGAUAGCACCGGGAAAAGGAGGGCAGCAAACGGUCAAGCCUUUGCUGCUGUAAAUGGGUAGAGGGCCGUGGGUGCGGUAAAAGCCUCCUGAAAAGGGGUAUCUGAAGCGAACCAUAGAAGCUUCUCAUAAAGGUCGAUUGCAUCAACAAGAAAGAAUGGAUCCUCCUCAUACAUUGUUUUGCAACUU